AUAGUGGUGAUGACAGAACAGAUGGUGUGGUUGCUUGUUUGGGCUCUGCUGUCGGUGUCAGACGCGUUUGAGUCCAGCUGACCUGCACCAGGCAGAUGCUCGUCACUGUGCGCUGCAGCGUCCACACUCCUGAAGUAUCACCGCGUCUCCAGCAGAGGAAUCACAGCAGCUUUAUUCUUAUCCGGCUACUGUUGGCCGCUGAUAAGAUUUAUUUGAUAUAUUACGGCUGAUUAUUCACAUUCCUAAACAUAUUCUGCAAACCUUGCGUUAUCACCUCGGAGCUGCGGAUUUACUGCAUGGGUCAGAUACAGUAGCCUGCAGCAAUCUGGUGUACGGAAGAAACAGCGCUUCAUAGGUGUAUUCUGCUAAACCCUGAGGUGUGCAAGUGAGAUAAGUGUAAAAAUCUCAGAGGAGGCUUGGACCAGAUGUUCUACUGGCAUUCUUUCUGCAAGUACAUUUCUCUGGAUUAGACAUCAUCACUUGGGAAAGUGCCUACAGCAGCUAGGUAGCAGCAAAGGAGACUAAUGCUCAUGAAACUUCCCUACAGGCCCUUCUCCAGAACACUGCCUCUCAUCUAAGCUUCCUGUGAGCAGAGAGAGCAGCCAACAUGGCGCUCAGCCUUCUGCCUUGGCCUCCUUUAAUCUGGCUGUAUGCGGGGUUGUUUUUUUCUUUUUUGUCACCAACACAUGGCAAAGAGUGUCCUCGUUUAUGCGUAUGUGAGGUCCGACCCUGGUUCACCCCUCAGUCAACCUACAAGGAGGCAACUACUGUGGAUUGCAAUGACUUGAGGCUCACACACAUCCCCACCAACCUGUCCACAGAUACCCAGGUGUUGCUUCUCCAGAGUAAUGCCAUCUCUCACACCAAUGGGGAGCUGGAGGUGCUAUUCAACCUGACAGAGUUAGACCUGUCCCAGAACAACUUCAGCACCGUGGAAGCUGUGGGGCUCACAAGCAUGAACCACCUGACCACACUGCAUCUAGAGGAGAAUCAGAUCACCCAGUUGCCAGACCAUUGCCUGAAAAACCUCUCCAACCUCCAGGAGCUCUACAUCAACCACAACCAGAUAAGUGCCAUCUCUCCUCGAGCAUUCGGUGGACUGCAUAGCUUACUCCGCCUCCAUCUUAACUCCAACAAACUACAGGUCAUCGAUAGUCGCUGGUUUGAAGAGACACCCAACCUUGAGAUCCUCAUGAUCGGGGAGAAUCCAGUCAUUGGUCUCCUUGACAUGAACUUUAAACCUCUUGGAAGCCUGCGGAGUCUGGUUUUGGCUGGCAUGGACCUCACUGAUGUUCCAGCUAAUGCUUUUGUUGGCUUGGAAAACCUUGAGAGCAUUUCAUUUUAUGAUAACAAGCUGGUCAGAAUCCCUCAACUGGCCCUUCAGAAAGUUCCUAAUCUGAAAUUCUUGGAUUUAAACAAAAAUCCAAUUCACAAAAUCCAGGAAGGAGACUUCAGGAACAUGUUACGUCUCAAGGAGCUGGGAAUCAACAAUAUGAUGGAGUUGGUGUCUAUUGACCGCUAUGCUCUGGACAACCUACCAGAACUGACCAAGCUUGAGGCCACCAAUAACCCUAAGCUGUCAUAUGUCCAUAGGCUGGCCUUUAGAGACAUGCCCUCCUUGGAGAGCUUGAUGCUAAACAGUAACGCUCUCACUGCCCUUUACCAACACAAUGUGGAAGUGUUGCCUAAUCUUCGGGAGAUCAGUGUGCACAGCAACCCAUUGCGCUGUGACUGUGUAAUUCAGUGGAUGAGCUCCAACAGGACCACAGUGCGCUUCAUGGAGCCCCUGGCCAUGCUUUGCACCUCCCCACCAGAGCUCAGGGGCCAGCGUGUUCGAGAGCUACGGCUGGUGGAGUCUCCAGAGCAGUGCCUACCUCUCAUAUCCCACGACACCUUCCCCAGCCACUUGAACCUUGAGCUAGGCAUGAGUGUCAGUCUCGACUGUAGGGCCAUGGCUGAGCCAGAACCUGAGCUCUACUGGGUGACUCCGCUUGGUAAUAAAAUCACCACAGACACUGUCUCAGAGCGAUACCACUUGAGUAGUGAGGGGACUUUACGACUUUCCCACGUGCAGGUGGAGGAUUCUGGUCGUUACACAUGUGUAGCCCAGAAUACAGAGGGGGCUGACACACGUGUUACCACCAUCCGAGUGAAUGGGACCCUGCUUGAAAGUGCCCAGGUGAUGAAAAUCUAUGUUAAACAAACUGAGUCCCACUCUAUUCUGGUUUCCUGGAAAGUCAAUUCUAAUGUCAUGACCUCCAACUUGAAGUGGGCAUCAGCCACCAUGAAGAUUGACAACCCCCACAUCACCUAUACAGCACGUGUCCCUGUAGAUGUUCAUGAGUACAACCUGACACAUCUUCAGCCAGCCACUGAAUAUGAAGUGUGCCUGACAGUCUCCAACAUCCACCUACAGACACACAAGUCUUGUGUAAAUGUGACAACACGCAGUGCUACCUUUGCCCUGGACCUGUCAGACCAGCACCCUAGUGCUGCGGUGCUGGCUGUCAUGGCAACGAUGCUGGCUUUCAUUAGUCUGGCCACUGUGGGGGUUUACAUGGCUCGUAGAUGGAAGAGAAAAAACUACCACCACUCCCUGAAGAAGUACAUGCUGAAGACCUCCUCCAUCCCUCUGAAUGAGCUUUACCCUCCACUCAUCAACCUGUGGGAAGCUGAUGGUGAGAAGGACAAGGAUGGCAGCACAGAGGGAAAACCCUCUCCUGUUGACACGACACGUAGCUAUUACAUGUGGUGAGGAUUUAGUGAGGAGGCCUGGCUGCCUCUCAAGCAGCACAAAAAGACACACUUUUGCCAUUUUAGUGCAAAAGUCAAAGUUGCAAAUGUUUUGUACUCUCAGCUUUGCUAACAAGAGGCAGAGUGAACAAGGACAGGAUUUUUAUUAGUAUAGCGUAUCGCCUUUGUUUGAUUCUUUUCUCUUAUUUCUUAAGUGUUUUGGACUCUCCAAGACGGCAGCUGUACUUAGCCUCCAGGUUGUCUUAGUUGCUAUGCUGUUUCUGUGGUGCAUUUUUGAAUCACUUUUGUUCAGGUUAAUAAUACAGCAGCAGGGCCAAUGGCCUUAUUGCAACAUUAGUAGAGGUCAGUGUUUCUUUCUCUGUUCUGUAAAACAGGUAAUCUGUUGUGCACUGAUAGAUUAUGGAGUUCGUAUGAACUUCAUUUAAAAGCUGACAGUGGGGUUUAGAUUUAUUAAACUGUCUACUGAAUGUUAGCAAUUGUGCAGUAAUGUUGUAUCAACUAUACCUUCAAACUUUAUGAUUUAAACUUCUAAGAGGAAUAGGAAUUUAGUUUGCUUAUAAAUGUGCUGUUAAAUGCUAGAAAUACAAAUGUUUGUUAAAAACAUUUUGAUGUUUUUUUUUUUUUUUUUUACUGAAGUGCACUAGAAAUGUCCCUUCUCCAAUUUAAUCUCUCAUAUUUUGCUAGAUUUUUUCGUUAACUGCUUAGUUUAUUUUUUUCACAUGCAAUAUGUAUACGGAAGAAGUCAAAAUAAAUAAUUUUUUGGA